GCACGACCUAUGAGGGCCAACUCAAGCCUAUUUGGUUUCGGUCGCUGCCGCUGGAAAGUCGGUGGAACACCUCCAACGAGCUGCGAAAGGCCGGGCGCAUCAAGCAGGCCUACCAGGAGGGAGCCGGAGCCAAGAAUGCCUACGUAGUGCUGCGAGGCCCGGAGGAUGUACCUACAGUGGUGAAGCUGGUGAACAACCUCAAGGCCGAUUCGCAGCAUGUCCUCAGAGCAGAUGGGGUCGGAGAGGCGGCCGUGCUCAAGAAGUUCGAUAGGAAGCGCAGCGUCUUCCUCGGGAGCCUGCCAAGACGUGUGACGGAAGACGACAUCCGCUGGGUGCUGUCUGAUGCCGGGGUGGUGGACGCA